CGAGGACAGCUGAAUGACUGGGAGCUCCCAAGUUGCUUCUGCCUCUGGAAGAGGUCUGCUUGGAUAUCGCUUUUUCUUUUAAAAACAAAAAAGUCAAACCUUUGCUUCCUAGGCACCUGCAGAAGUGCGUUUUUAUUGAAGAGCCCUGCUGCAGUCUUUAUUACCCACAGCCAGACGCUGUCAGAGCCAGCUACUUCUCAGGCCAGGCACGACGGCAGCGUGAGCGAAUCGGAAGCAUUAGGAAAGCGCCCUUGCGUGCGGAGCUCCCAGCCUGAGCGCUCCUUAGUCUGGUCUACCAGGCAGCUGUGCCAGCAGAGACCUUUGGGACUGUGGUCACAUUCCUCCAAAGCCAGCGGCCACCAUCGGCGGCGUUGGGAGGACCCCGAGAUGCUGCAGGUGCUGUGGCAUUUUCUGUCUGGCUUCCUCCCCAGGGCUGGGUGCCAGGGCACCAGAGAGGGCUCCGAGCACGGAGUCAGAGGCACCCAGGGAGACCAGAGGUCAGGCUUUCUGGGCAAACAGGACGGAAGGGCCGAGGCUUCGGAAAAGAGACCCACCAUCUUGCUGGUGGUCGGACCGGCAGAGCAGUUUCCUAAGAAAAUUGUCCAGGCUGGCGACAAGGACCUCGAUGGGCAGCUGGACUUCGAAGAGUUCGUGCACUACCUCCAAGACCACGAGAAGAAACUGAGGUUGGUGUUCAAGAGUUUGGACAAGAAGAAUGACGGACAAAUCGAUGCCCAGGAGAUCAUGCAGUCCUUGCGGGACCUGGGAGUCAAGAUCUCAGAGCAGCAGGCGGAAAAGAUCCUCAAGAGCAUGGAUAAGAACGGCACGAUGACCAUUGACUGGAACGAGUGGCGGGACUACCACCUCCUGCACCCCGUGGAGAACAUCCCCGAGAUCAUCCUGUACUGGAAGCAUUCCACGAUCUUCGAUGUGGGUGAGAACCUGACGGUCCCGGAUGAGUUCACAGUGGAGGAGAGGCAGACGGGCAUGUGGUGGCGACACCUGGUGGCAGGAGGCGGGGCGGGGGCCGUGUCUAGGACCUGCACGGCCCCCCUGGACAGGCUCAAGGUGCUCAUGCAGGUCCACGCCUCCCGUAGCAACAACAUGUGCAUCGUGGGCGGAUUCACUCAGAUGAUCCGAGAGGGAGGGGCCAAGUCCCUGUGGCGGGGCAACGGCAUCAAUGUCCUCAAAAUCGCCCCGGAGUCGGCCAUCAAGUUCAUGGCGUACGAGCAGAUCAAGCGACUGGUUGGCAGUGACCAGGAGACGCUGAGGAUCCACGAGAGGCUCGUGGCGGGCUCUCUGGCGGGGGCCAUCGCCCAGAGCAGCAUCUACCCCAUGGAGGUUCUGAAGACGCGAAUGGCCCUGCGGAAGACAGGCCAGUACUCGGGCAUGCUGGACUGCGCCCGGAGGAUCCUGGCCAGGGAAGGGGUGGCCGCUUUCUACAAAGGCUACGUCCCCAAUAUGCUGGGAAUCAUCCCUUACGCCGGCAUCGACCUGGCCGUCUACGAGACACUCAAGAACACCUGGCUGCAGCGCUAUGCCGUGAACAGCGCCGACCCCGGCGUGUUCGUGCUCCUGGCCUGCGGCACCAUCUCCAGCACCUGCGGCCAGCUGGCCAGCUACCCGCUGGCCCUGGUCAGGACCCGGAUGCAGGCGCAAGCCUCCGUCGAGGGUGCCCCCGAGGUGACCAUGAGCAGCCUCUUCAAGCAGAUCCUACGGACAGAAGGAGCCUUUGGGCUGUACCGGGGGCUGGCCCCCAACUUCAUGAAGGUGAUCCCAGCCGUGAGCAUCAGCUACGUGGUGUACGAGAACCUGAAGAUCACCCUGGGCGUGCAGUCGCGGUGACGGGGGGCGGGCGGCGGACUCGUGGAUCCCGGCUGGGCCGGGGUGCGGAACCAUCUCAUUCUGUGAAUGUGCCAACACUAAGAUGACCGAAGCCAAGCUAUGAAACUUUGGCUGCGCCCUGGGGGAGGGUGGGGACACCUGGCUGGCCCUGGCGCUUGUCCUGCUGACCUGGUAGACCCUGUGCCCUUUCCAGGGAAGAUGCAUGGGCAUUGCUUAGGGUCCAGGGUCAGCAGGGGCCCGGGCUCACAGGCCUCGGGACAGGACGUUCCCUGCAGUGCCUGCCAAAUAGCGAGCUUGGAGCCCGGCUUGGUUCUUCCAUCUCGUCCUCCUCCGGCCGGCCGCGCCUCCCCGUGCCCACUGCGCACUCUGCCUCUCGAUUUGCUGCAGCAGGAGGAGGGCGCUGGCUGCUCACGCCUCUCCUUGUGCCCCCACCCUGGGUGCACCCUGACAGGCGCUGCUGCCCUGAGCUGCCGUGGGCGCUGAGGCGGGUGUGGGAAGACGGGGUCUCUCUUGCCCACCUGCCCGUGUCAGAGCCCGCGCUGGCUGCAGAGCCACCUGCAGGGUCUGGAUGCGCUUGUGCCCUCGGCGCUGGCUGCCUGGCAUGGUGGCGCAUGGCUUUGGGGGAGGCUGGCGCUGGGCCUGGGGCCCAGAGGGCCUCUGCUGCCCGCCGGGUCCCAGACUCUGCCAGGACUGGCAUCAGCGCAGAGUCAAACUCAUUGUCCCUGCUCCAUGGCACGAGGGCAGCACCGGGUCCCGUGUUAGGCCUGUGCGCCCUGCUGAGGGAGGGAAAGCUGUCGAAGGCCUUAAUUGUGUGUCGCUGGGAAGAAGGUUUGGCCCCAGGCUGAGCUGGCCGGCUGUGCCUGCCCUGUGCUUCUGGAAAGGAGGCACGGGGAGGGCCGGCGGGCGGGCGGCGUGACCGUCGGUCUCUGCCGCUCGGGGUUGGGUCCAAUCCACGGGCCAAGUGGGACCAGCCUCACAUUCCACUGAUGUGACGUAUCACUGCUUGGAGCCUAUUUAUUUUGUAUUUAUUUGAACAGAGUUGUGUCCUAACUAUUUUUAUAGAUUUGUUUAAUUAAUAGCCUGUCACUUUCAAGUUCCUUUUGUAUUCAUAUUUAUGUUCAUGGCUGAUUGUACCUUGCCAUCGCCGCCCGGUGGGAGUGGGGAGAGGACAGGGAGGCGGGAACCCUGGCGGGAGCCCCCCCUCCCCUCCCCGCCCACGCCGACUUCCGGCUGUGUCUGUCCAGAGAAAUUCCUCUCUGGGCUGGAGGUGAGCAGAAGGGGGAGCUGACCUUGGAGAACAAGUCCUGGGGUGCGGCUUGACCGCAGGAAGUUGGGAUCUCAGGGCUUGGUGGGGGAAGGUGGAGCUCCGAUGGGGGAUUUCUUUGUUUCAUCGUUUCUGAAUGACAAGGCGGCGAGGUGCCUCUCACUGUGAAUUUGGGGUGAGGGCGGGGGCCGGCGGGCUGGGCAGCGAGUCCCCUGUCCCGGUCUGAAAUGGACUCCCUCCCUCCUGACCUGCAGCUGCCCCUGCUCAGUAAUGCCGGUCACCCGGCCACUUGAUGGCAGCUCCAUUACCCUGGGAUGACCUGACGAGGAAACUUAAUAGGAUGCAAAGAUCAAUGCAAAAAUCGUUCUAUAGAAGUAUGUAGUUAUAACUGGAAUUUGUCAACAAGCAGGUGAAAGGGUUGAUUGGAAGUUGUCGUUUAAAACAGCCUUCUAAUAAAGUUGUUUCGCAGCUGA